GUAUUUUAUAAAUACUGAAGGGUAUCGAGAAUCCGUUACAUUUGCAUCAGACAGGAAAGUAUGGGGAAAACAAGUUUUCCGAUAAACAUUCUGCAAGGAAGCUUGAAGCUGUUGAUGACAUCUUUGCCAUGGACGUCUCGACCCCCUUCUCGUGUGCCGGGUAUCUACGCCAUUAAGAGGGGCAAAACAGUGAUAUAUGUCGGAAGAUCGAAAAACAUUCGCAAACGCCUGACACAGCACUUCUCGGGCAAGUCCCAACCUGUUGACAAGUUCCUUAGAGGGAAGUCGAAACGAUACAAGAAACAAUACAUUAAAUUGGCCUGGGUGAAAAACAAGAAACAGAGAUGCAAUGAACAUCGCUACAUUAAGGGUGUAAAACAACUGCAGAAAAAGCACCCUGUGUACAAUAUGAAACCUGGAAGUUCAUGCUAAAGUUAAGAAAAACAGAACUAACAAUCUAAAACUGUUCAUGAAUUCAUUGUUCUUAAGUAUAAUUAAAAUUAUGUGAUUA